CGGGCACAAACUGUUACCACUCGUCCACCAAUCACCACCAAACAUGAGGAGUCAACCCAUCCUGAUUCUGGCCGUGUGCCUCCUGGCGCUCUCCACCGUUUCCGCCAUGCCACAGCGCCGGGCGAAGAGCCAACGCCAGGUGGAGUACUCUUCCACACCCUAUCCGGCAGCUGGCUUCCGUCCCAGGGUUCCCUUUAAUCUGCCCGGUGAAGUGCAGCCCAAGCUCGAGACGGAACCACUGACGACCACCAGUACCACGUCUGCGAGCGAAGUGGAAACCCUGGAGAGUACCGAACCACUGAGCACCACCGAGCAGCAGCAGCCGGAAGCGGAGACGGAAGCGGACUUGGAAGUGUCCAUCCGCACGCCUGCCAACACCUAUGGAGCCCCUGAAGAGCAGGAUCCCCUAGAGCCGGACACCGUGGAGGUGGUGGCCCAGGAGCCAGCCCGCGACUUUCAGCCCCCCAGCCUGGAGGCCGUCGAGGACUUUGCCGCCGCUGACGCUGUUGCUGUUACUGGCGAGCAGCCUGUUGCUGAUGUCCCUGCCCUGGGCCAAGCGGAGUCGCAGAACGAUGAGCCGGAGGUCAAGGCCGUCGCGCCAGCUGGAACCUAUGGGCCACCCGCCGCCACCUACGGAGUGCCUGAGCUGAACGAGACCGAGAACGAACUGGAGGACCUGGAGGAGUCGCAAGUUGAGCUGGUUGAAGAGGAGGCGGCGGUGGAGGAGGCGCUGACCAACGAGCUGACCAGUGGUCGCCUGAUCCUGCUGCCCUUGGGCGCCAGGGGAUCCCAGUUCGGCCGCCUCAUCCUUGCCGUGGAGCAGCCACAUCAGCGCCGCAGGAGCGAAUGACUGAGGCGGAUUUAGGAAUU